AUGGGGCGGCGAUCCCCGGCGCUGCGGCCGCUGCUGGCGCUGCUGCUGCUGCUGCCGCCGCCGCUCCCUCAGGCGCUGCGCGGGCCAUACUGCCCCGGCCCCUGCAGCUGCGCCCCCGACGGCGCCCUGCGCUGCCCCGGGCCGCGGGCCGGCCUCAGCCGACUAUCACUCACCUAUCUCCCUGUCAAAGUAAUCCCAUCUCAAGCUUUCAGAGGACUUAAUGAGGUCGUAAAAAUUGAAAUCUCUCAGAGUGAUUCCCUGGAAAGGAUAGAAGCUAAUGCCUUUGACAACCUCCUCAAUUUGUCUGAAAUACUAAUCCAGAACACCAAAAACCUGGUAUACAUUGAGCCUGGAGCAUUUACAAAUCUUCCCCGGUUAAAAUACCUGAGCAUCUGUAACACAGGCAUCCGAAAACUUCCAGAUGUUACGAAGAUCUUCUCCUCUGAAUUUAAUUUCAUUCUGGAAAUUUGCGAUAACUUACACAUAACCACCAUACCAGCAAAUGCUUUUCAAGGGAUGAAUAACGAAUCCAUGACACUCAAACUAUAUGGAAAUGGAUUUGAAGAAGUACAAAGUCAUGCAUUCAAUGGGACAACGCUGAUUUCACUGGAGCUCAAAGAAAACGUACACCUGGAGAGGAUCCACAACGGAGCCUUCUGGGGGGCCACAGGGCCAAGCAUCUUGGACAUUUCUUCUACAAAAUUGCAAGCCCUGCCAAGCUAUGGGCUGGAGUCCAUUCAGACGCUAAUUGCCACGUCAUCGUACUCUCUGAAAAAAUUGCCAUCAAGAGAAAAAUUUACCAAUCUCCUGGAUGCCACAUUGACUUACCCCAGCCACUGCUGUGCUUUUAGAAACUUGCCAACAAAAGAACAGAAUUUUUCAUUUUCCAUUUUUGAAAAUUUUUCCAAACAAUGUGAAAGCACAGUAAGGAAACCAAAUAAUGAAACACUUUAUUCUGUCAUCUUUGCUGACAGUGAACUGAGUGGCUGGGACUAUGAUUACGGCUUUUGCUCACCCAAGACACUCCGAUGUGCUCCUGAACCAGAUGCUUUUAAUCCCUGUGAAGAUAUUAUGGGCUAUGACUUCCUUAGGGUCCUGAUUUGGCUGAUCAAUAUCCUAGCCAUCAUGGGAAAUGUGACUGUCCUCUUUGUUCUCCUGACCAGUCGUUAUAAACUGACAGUGCCCCGUUUUCUCAUGUGCAAUCUCUCCUUUGCAGACUUUUGCAUGGGGCUCUAUCUGCUGCUCAUUGCCUCAGUUGAUUCCCAAACCAAAGGCCAGUAUUAUAACCAUGCCAUAGAUUGGCAGACAGGGAGUGGAUGCAGCACUGCUGGUUUUUUCACUGUAUUUGCAAGUGAGCUUUCUGUCUACACCCUCACCGUCAUCACCCUAGAAAGAUGGCACACCAUCACCUAUGCUAUUCAGCUGGACCAAAAGCUGCGAUUGAGACAUGCCAUCCCGAUUAUGCUUGGAGGAUGGUUCUUCUCUACUCUAAUUGCUAUGCUGCCCCUUGUGGGUGUCAGCAAUUACAUGAAGGUCAGCAUUUGCCUCCCCAUGGAUGUGGAGACCACUCUCUCACAAGUCUACAUAUUAACCAUCCUGAUACUCAAUGUGGUAGCCUUCAUCAUCAUUUGUGCUUGCUACAUUAAAAUUUAUUUUGCAGUUCAAAAUCCAGAACUAAUGGCUACCAACAAAGAUACAAAGAUUGCUAAAAAAAUGGCGAUCCUCAUCUUCACCGAUUUCAUCUGCAUGGCACCUAUCUCUUUUUUUGCCAUCUCAGCUGCCUUCAAAGUGCCCCUUAUCACAGUAACCAACUCUAAAGUUUUACUUGUUCUUUUUUAUCCUGUCAAUUCUUGUGCCAAUCCAUUUUUGUAUGCGAUUUUCACAAAGGCAUUCCGAAGGGAUUUCUUUCUGUUGCUGAGCAAAUUUGGCUGCUGUAAACGUCGAGCUGAACUUUACAGAAACAAGGAUUUUUCAGCUUAUACCUCCAACCGCAAAAAUGUCUUCACUAAAUCAAAUAAGCCUUCUCAGUCUAUCUUGAAGUUGUCCACAAUGCACUGUCAAGAUACAGCUGUCCUAGACAAGAUUUGCAAUGGAAAGUGUUAA